AUGAAUAAUCCAAGUGUAGGAAAGGACUCUAGUCUUGUACAAUGCAUUUUAAAAGAGUUGGCUGAAGAACUCUCACCAUAUGGUUUUGACAUAUCCCCAUUUUUAUCUGGUUGGUAUGAUGCUAAUGUCAGUUCAAAGGUCCGACUUGCGUCUGAUCUAGCACCCUAUGAAGACUGUCUAUGCAUUUGUUUGAUAAGCAAUCCACAAAUGUUUGAAAAGACAUUUAUACCAACUGUUUUUGAUUGGUGUAAAGAAUCAGGAGUAGAAUCACUGGAUGAUGUUUUGAAAUGUUUGAAAACUCGGUUUUGUGGAUCUAGAUUUCUCCCCGGCUCUGAUGAUCCCUUCGAUUGGACUGUUUUUAUUCGAUUACAAAAGGCACUAAGUAAUUCUGUUCAAAAAUUAAAACAUAAUCUAACUCCUGAUGAGUCGAUGAAGUUAAAUAAUGCGGAAUGGAUACCAGAUUAUGCCAUCAAACCAGUUACUCGACUUCCCUAUGUUCAUGUACAAACAGCUGGUCACGUAUCAGGAAUGGCUUAUUUUCAUCAACCUAGUGAUUCAAUAAAGAAGAAUUCCCAUGAGAAAAAAGUUGGUUCCUAUAGUGGAGUCAGUCUACAUCCAUAUUAUGGCGGUUGGUUUGGGUUUAGAGGUAUUUAUAUUUUCCCAAACUUACGAUAUCCAACUUUACCAAAACAAAAUCCAUUAUCUCCUAUUUAUUCUGAAAAUAAACAAUUGUCAGAUGAAUUAUUAAAACAUGUAUUGUAUGCAUAUAAUUAUUGUUGGAAUGAUAAUAAAUGGAGAGAUUAUAAAUUACCGAAUAUAAUUGAUCAUCAUUAUUCAUCAAAUGCUUUAGCUUAUUUUUCAACAUCACCAUCACAACGUGUACAAUUUGUUCAAGAUUGGUUUUUACAUUAUAAAAAUAUUGAUUAA